AUGGAAGAGCUCGCCGACAUUACGAAAAACUCCACCGAAGUCACUACCGUCGCAAAUGGUAUCAGGGGGCCAGCAGAGGCCUUUGCGAACGCGUUGACACUUCGCGACGGCCUCAAGGGCGUUCUCAGUCUUACCGAAAAGAGUGCUCAGGACGUCUCGUCAAGAAAGCGCUCGCUGAGCACCCGCCAGGAAAUCCCAAAAGAGUGCGAGGGUCUCAUCGAUCUGGAGCUCCAGGAGUGCCUUGAAGGAGUACUCUCAAGCUCUGGGACUACGGCUCCUAUCCGUCGAGCAGACAUUCCAAUAGAAUGCGAAGGCCUUGUUGAUCUCGAGUUACAAGAGUGCAUCGACAACUUGGUGCCCAGCUCUGCAGGUACACCACCUAUACGCCGGCAAGUACCAACCUUUUCGACCGAGGAGCAGCAAGAUGUCUGCGACGCUUUCGACUAUUAUGUCACGGUCACACAAGCAUUGAUGACUAGUGUGACCAGCAAGAAGCAACUUCUCUCGCAGACGCCUCAUUUUGGAACGAUUGGGGACCUACUCCGUGGACUUGAAGACGCGGCUGACGUACUUGCUUUUGGCCUCAUUGAACAUGUGCCAACUUGCUCGGCCGAUGCAACUGCUGAUCGAAAGAAGUUGGGCAAGACUCUUGGUGCAGCGGCCAAGGCCUUUCAUAGCUAG